AUGUCCAAUCCUCCACCGGCACCGCCGUCACCAGACGCGGGUGACGGGGACUCUUUACAGCAGAUCAACUCGACUAGUCGAUCGAGAUGGGCGACGAGGCGGAUGACUACGAAAAGCGGUGGUUCUAAGCGGACAGCGCUGAUGGAUCGUAUGCAGCAAAGUAAUAACGAGAAGGAGGACCAACAAGACCCGCCUGAGAGAAAGAAUUCGAAGACGGAUGCCGCGCAGGCCGAGGCUGGAGGUAAGGGCAAAGGCGAAGAUGAGGAUGAAGACGAGAACGGUGGUCGCACGCUAUAUUUCAACCAACCACUACCUCCUGAGAUGCAGGAUACGGACGGUCGUCCCUUGUACACAUAUCCCCGGAACAAGAUCCGUACCGCCAAGUAUACACCCCUCUCUUUCGUCCCGAAGAACCUGUGGUUCCAGUUCCACAAUAUCGCCAACAUUUACUUUCUCUUUGUCGUCAUUCUGGGGUGCUUCUCUAUCUUCGGUGUCCAGAACCCGGCACUGAAUGCAGUUCCUAUCAUAUUCAUCGUGACAGUGACGGCAAUCAAAGACGCGAUUGAGGAUUAUCGAAGGACGAUCCUUGAUAUCGAGUUGAACAACGCUCAGGUGCACCGACUGCGCCAUUGGACAAACGUGAAUGUUGCGGAGGACCAGGUUUCUCUCUGGAGGAGGACCAAGAAGGGAACUUCGCGUUUCUUCGCCAGUCUUUGGCGGGGGAUCAAGAGUCUCUGGUCAAAGAAGGCCCGGGAACAGAGGAAGAAGAUCAAGGAAGAGAAGAACGCCGAUUUGGAAGAACCACGCCCGUCCGUCGAGACAGCACGCACAAAGCGAAAUGUUCGUGACUCGCUCGCGGCGACGCCAUUCUCACAUCGCGAAUCAUUCAUCUCUGCUGCUGAAGACAUCCAGAUGACACCGGUUCCAUCUCCCGGCCCAACUCAACAUGCUCGACUCGCGGUGCCGACUUCUGAUGAUGCAAGACGCGCUCAGGCCGUGAGGGAUAUGAAAGGAGAUGUGAUCAAUUAUAAGCGAUCAGCACAUGGUGCUCGAUUUCAGAAGGAUGCAUGGAAGAACCUCACUGUCGGUGACUUUGUCCGCAUCUACAAUGACGACGAGCUUCCCGCCGAUAUCAUCAUUCUCUCAACUUCCGAUCCGGAUGGUGCCUGCUAUGUCGAAACGAAGAACUUGGACGGUGAAACUAACUUGAAGGUUCGCCAAGCUCUUCGCUGCGGGCAGUCUAUGAAGCACGCCCGUGAUUGCGAAAGAGCCGAGUUUACAAUUGAGAGCGAGCCUCCUCAACCCAACCUGUACAAGUACAACGGAGCUGCUAAGUGGGUUCAGGAAGUUCCCGGAUUUUUGGAUGAGGAUCUUGAGCAGAUGGUUGAGCCCAUUUCAAUCGACAAUCUUCUCUUGCGAGGCUGCAACCUCAGAAAUACCGAGUGGGUUUUGGGCAUCGUGGUUUUCACUGGUCACGAUACCAAGAUCAUGAUGAAUGCGGGCGUGACACCCACGAAGCGUGCCAGAAUCGCGCGGGAGCUGAACUUUCAUGUCAUCUGCAAUUUCGUCAUUCUCUUCCUCAUGUGUUUGCUCGCUGCUAUCAUUAACGGCGUUGCAUGGGCCAAAACAAAUGCCUCAUUACACUACUUCGACUUCGGCUCUGAGGCUGGCACACCCCCCCUGACUGGUUUCGUCAACUUCUGGGCUGCGGUCAUCCUGUUCCAGAACUUGGUUCCGAUUUCCCUUUACAUUACCAUGGAGGUUGUGAGAACUCUACAGGCCAUUUUCAUCUACAACGACAUUGAAAUGUACUAUGAGCCAAUUGACCAGCCCUGCGUUCCAAAAUCAUGGAACAUCUCUGAUGAUAUGGGGCAGAUCGAGUACAUAUUCUCAGACAAGACCGGCACCCUCACUCAGAAUGUCAUGGAAUUCAAAAAAGCGACUGUCAAUGGCCAGCCGUAUGGUGAGGCUUAUACGGAAGCACAGGCUGGUAUGCAGAAGCGACAGGGUAUUGAUAUUGAGGUCGAGGGGGCCAAGAUUCGCGCAGAAAUUGCCGAAGCCAAGAUUGAAGCCCUCGCAAGGCUGCGACGCAUGAACGACAACCCCUAUCUUCACGACGACGACCUGCAUUUCAUCGCCCCCGAUUUCGUUGCCGAUCUAAAUGGAGAAUCUGGUCAUGAACAGCAGCAGUCAAAUGUGAACUUCAUGCUGGCCCUGGCGCUUUGCCACACUGUCAUUCCUGAAAGGACCCUGAGUGACCCGCCCAAGAUGAUCUUCAAGGCUCAGUCUCCGGAUGAGGAAGCACUGGUUUCCACGGCCAGAGAUAUGGGUUUCACAGUUUUGAGUUAUUCCCAGGACGGUAUCAACCUGAAUGUGCUUGGAGAGGAUCGCCAUUACCAGAUCCUCAACACCAUUGAGUUCAACUCAACGCGAAAGCGAAUGAGUUCGAUUGUUCGAAUGCCCGACGGUAAAAUCAUUCUCUUCUGCAAGGGUGCUGAUUCCAUCAUCUACUCCCGGUUGAAGAAGGGCGAACAACAAACAAUGCGCAAGGAAACAGCUGACCAUCUGGAAUUGUUUGCCAGGGAGGGUCUCAGAACCCUCUGCAUUGCUCAAAAGGAGUUGACUGAGGAGCAGUAUUAUAGCUGGAAGAAGCAACAUGAUGUCGCUGCUGCCGCGCUCGAAGAACGUGAAGAGAAGCUCGAGGCUGUUGCAGAACUAAUCGAGCAGGACCUUUAUCUCAUUGGUGGCACUGCUAUCGAGGAUCGUCUGCAAGACGCCGUACCUGAGACGAUUGAACUGCUUGGUGAUGCUGGUAUUAAGCUCUGGGUUUUGACCGGUGACAAGGUCGAGACGGCUAUCAACAUUGGAUUCUCGUGCAACCUUCUUAAUAACAGCAUGGAUCUUUUGCAUAUCAAACUCGAUGAGAAGGAAGAUGGCUCGAUCGACGAGGAGGCCCUUGUCGCAGAGGCAGAUAAGAUUUUGACCGAGAAGCUGCGAUUGUUCAACAUGACCGGUGAUGAUGCAGAGUUGGCAGCGGCGAAAGAAAACCACGAGCCUCCUGCGCCUACACACGGUCUUGUUAUCGACGGCUUCACACUGCGUUGGGUGUUGAACGAGGACCUCAAGCAGAAGUUCUUGCUGCUUUGCAAGCAGUGCAAGUCUGUUCUCUGCUGCCGUGUCAGCCCCGCACAAAAGGCGGCCGUUGUGUCUAUGGUCAAGAACGGUCUGGAUGUCAUGACUCUCUCCAUUGGAGACGGAGCCAACGACGUGGCCAUGAUCCAAGAAGCCGACGUCGGCGUGGGAAUUGCUGGUCUGGAAGGUCGUCAAGCUGCCAUGUCUUCUGAUUACGCUAUUGGUCAGUUCCGUUUCCUCCAGAGACUGGUGCUUGUUCACGGCAGAUGGUCAUAUCGCCGAAUGGCGGAGAGUACUGCCAAUUUCUUCUACAAGAACAUGGUUUGGUCCUUUGUGUUGUUCUGGUAUAUGAUCUACUGCGAGUUCGAUUCGACCAAUCUUUUCGACUACAGUUACAUCAUCCUUUUCAACCUUGUUUUCACCUCCAUCCCCGUCGGUCUGUUGGGUGUUUUCGACCAAGAUGUUUCGGAUAAGGUGUCAUUGGCUGUACCUCAGCUGUACAGACGUGGUAUCGAGCGUCUGGAGUGGACCCUCUCCAAGUUUUGGUUUUACAUGCUCGACGGUACCUACCAGUCUGUCAUCGGUUUCUUCGUCCCAUAUCUCAUGUUCCGCCUGGCAACCACAGUGACUACUAACGGUUUGGACGCUUCAGACCGACUCCAUUUCGGAACCUACAUCGCCCACCCAGCAGUUCUCACCAUCAACUUGUAUAUUCUGAUGAACACAUAUCAGUGGGACUGGAUCAUGCUUCUGGUUAUUUUCAUCAGUGACAUUUUCAUCUUCUUCUGGACUGGGGUGUACACCUCGUUUGACUCGGCUGUCAUGUUCUACGGUGUGGCUAAGCAUGUGUAUGCUCAGCCGACAUUCUGGGCCAGUUUUUGUCUCGUUCCAAUUAUGUGCAUUCUACCCCGGUUUGCCAUCAAGAGCAUCCAGAAGCUCUUUUUCCCAUUGGACGUGGAUAUCAUCCGAGAGCAAGACAGGAUGGGUGCUUUCGAUCAUUUGAAAAACCCCAAAGACGUCACAUAUAUUGGAGUAACUGAUAACAAACUAUCCGGGUCUGAAUCUUCGAAGGUCUCGAAACCGCCGAAGCACCAGGCAUAUGGGAGUAUCGAUGAGGAUCGCCGUCCAAUUUACCCCCCCUCCACGACAACUCGCGCGACUGGCCCUCAGCAUAGCCAGAACGGUAGCGACUCGACGGGCUACACUGUCAACCGAUACUCGGUGGAGGUGCUACCUGCGACCAUGACAGUCAGACCAUCUAUGGAUAGAGCACGGCCCUCAUAUGAUCGGAUACGCGCUUCCAUGGACCGUGUCAGGCCCAGUUUCGAAGCAAGUGACGACUUUACUUCGUCGGCUAGGCUCUCGCGUAUCGAGUCAUCCAGAACAUACACCGGCCGGCUUGGACCCAGGCUACGUGGAUUAUCAUUGUCGAAAAGCGCCAACCAAUAG